AUGUUGAAGGGGCAUGGCACAUCUUAGUCAACACAGAGAGAAAGGGAGACCUCAGCCAUCAAACUGUUCCAGCUAUCUCCAGAAUCUCAUUUUAUGGCAACACUGCCUAGGGCUAGGUAGAUGUUUUAAUUUAUUUAUAGAGGGGCAGAGAUAUGUCAUUACUGGUCUAACAUUUAGUUGAAACGGUUACAUUUAAUGCCACAACAAUUUUGGCAUGGAGUGGAUCAAAGCAGAGUGUUUGCAUGUGAUAGUCUGUAUGCUACUCGUGUGACAAAUCUGACUAGUGGUUUCUUACUAUCUUUCUGUUUCUGAAUUGAUUUAAUUAUGGUAUUCACUGCUUGUCGUGUUUUUCUUCCAAUCAGGCUUUCUGUCUUACUCGGCUCGUAAUGUAAGAUGACUUUCUCACCCCCAUCUCUUGUCGUCUCUCACUAAUGUAUUUAUUCUGUUACCUUUUGACUAGUGAUUGGUUUGGGAUUAACAGGGCGAGUUUGGGCGCGCAGUCUUGGUUAAUAAUUAGACUGGAACAGACUCACACACACACACACACACACACAUCCUGUCAGAUGGAGGUCCCUCCAUCUGACAGGAUGUGAGACAGUGAGAGAGUGAUUGAGAGUCAGGAGAGCUUUUGUAUUCUCUUCCAACAAGGGGAAUUAGGUGCUCCCCGCAGCCUGGCAACCAUCACCUCUCUGUGGGCGUAACAACAACCCGCUGCCCCUAGAGUAACAGGGCCCUCUGGAGCUGCUGAGAGAUGCAGUGUCUCUACACUGACCACUGAUGUGAAACAGAGGCGUUUCUCUGUUUCGUAAAAACAGCCCAGCAGCAAACUGCGCACACACACACACACGGCCCCGCACAGCAGCUUUCAUCACCUAAUACAGAGCUUCCCUGUCGAUAUGAGCACACAGGGUAUUGAGACAGAUGUUCUGGGGAGCAGUCACAGGCCGUCUGAACCAAACACUGGGGCUGGAACUGAACAGGACUACUGCCUCUACCUGCACAGGUACUGGAUGUUCGUGUGUUCCUUUGGGUUUAAGCUGUUCGGGAAGGAGACAGCUGAGUACUUCCUCAACCCAUCUCCUGUCCACACUUCCUCACCCACCUGGUACACACUACUGAUGAAGAACAUGGGAGAUGAGGUGAGUGCUGAGGCCCUGUGGGACACCUUGAGAGAACACUCCACCAGACGACUCAGAGACCUUGAGGAGGAGGAGGAAUCUGAGUCUCUUGAGUUGGUGAAAGCCUCUGUGAACCAGGAUGUACAGAGAGAGCGGGGUCACCUACAGCACCUGGCAGGGGUCAGGUAUAUGUUCAACCUGGCCCAGCUCCACCAGGCUUAUUCUGCCCAUGUUCUCUCCCUCAACCAUCCAGCUCUGCUCCUAGAUGACCUGGAGGAGCUUGAGGGACCACAUAGUUACCUACCUAUCUCACAAAUAAACAGGUGAAGGGAAACCUAGCAUUAUUAAAUAAGCAUUAGCUUAUACUAUUGGUAAUAUAACUACUAUAACUACUUCCAAAAGCCUUGCGAAUUGAAAAUCAUUUAAAUCAGAUGUAGAGACCAAUCUUGGGUCAGAGUAUCAUGUAUCUUUUUAUAUUUGUGUUAUUAAAUGUGCUUAUGCUGUGUUAUUCGUAUUGUAACAAAAAUCAAUUUGUGUCAGUGAAAUUUGAAUUUGUGUGUAAUGCUGGGACAUAUCUUCCACAAGAGGGCAGUCCCAGAUUAAGUGGAUGAAUGUUUAGUUGAAUUUAUGCUGGUAGUUUUCACUUUAAUAUGACAAGCUGUACUUUCAAAAUUGCAUUUCUAUAAUUUCCACUCAUAGUUUUCAACAAAUAGUCAUUAUUUUAUUUGCGAAACUGUGUAUAAUUUUGUGAGUUUGUAAUUAAAAGUGACAAGUGGCAAGUGUAA